ACCAGUGCGCGGUGAUUUUCCUGGGUGUUAGAUAAAUUUUGUGCGUCGACGGAUUAACACGUGUAGCUUGCCGGUUCUUCGUGAGUGACACUGCUGUUUUUAUGGAAGUGUAGUUUUAAUGAUUUAAGAUCAACAUGGAAAGUGUGAAUAGCGAUGGUUCAACAAGCCUAAAGAUGAAAAACAAUUUCAGCAUUGAGCACUUGUUGGCUAAACCGGAUAAUUGUCGUGCGCCAAGUGGAAAACCAACCUACAAUAACGGAAUAAAUUACAUACAAAGUGAGAAUGAUCCGGUGGAUCGCCGGGAAGGAAGCUCGAGCAGUGAACAAUACAUGGAGUGUACAACAUCACCGGAUUCCAGCUGCAAUGAGGAGGCGAUGGACAAUUGCAGUGAAGCAGCAUCGGAGGAGAGUGCAACAGGAACAUCAGACGAUCGUAAGAAACGGCCGAGAACUGCCUUCUCUGCCGCUCAGAUCAAAGCAUUGGAAACAGAAUUUGAGCGUGGAAAAUACCUGUCGGUAGCGAAACGAACUGCAUUAGCCAAAUCUUUACAUCUGACUGAAACGCAAAUCAAGAUCUGGUUCCAAAAUCGACGGACCAAAUGGAAACGAAAGUACACAUCCGAUGUCGAACAGUUGGCGUCGCACUACUACUCCCAACUGGGAAUCGGAAACUUCGCCCGCCCGAUGGUGGUUGGCGACCGACUGUGGCUCUUCAGCCAAACUCCAAACGGGCCCGCUCCGGUUCAAUCGCUUCUACUAAACACACCUCCCCACCUUAGUGCAACUCAUCCAGCUAUGAGGCAAUUCCAGCCUAUUCCACCCACGCAAGUUGGGCCAGCAGCUUUUGCAAGUCGUCCCAGUAAUGGCUACACCGUGAACUACCUCCCAAAGUCGACUAUUUCGUCACCACAACCUCCAUCUUAUGCCGUAAAUCGCUUCCCUGUCACCGCAUUUAAACCAAUGUCUCUAGAGGAAUCAUCGGGUUUUUACAAAACUCCACCGGAUAUGAUCGACGGCUAUUAUGGUAUGCCACAAAAAUUCGGCCCUACGGAACUGGUGAACGGAGAACUCUCACCCGUCAGCACUAGUUCGGGAAUUGCGGAUUUGGAAAGAGCCUUUGGCAAUCCCAGUACUUUACUGGACGCCCAGAUUGCUACAAGAUCUACGGGAGAAUUUCCGAAAUUUGUCGAUGGAGUCCAAAACAACCCCAACGAGCUACCAACGGAUUCUUCCAGUGAAAUAGAUUGUGAGGAGGUCGACGAUAAAGAUUGAUGUUUAACCUAAAUAUAUUGUAAG